GUGUUACUCUCAUAAACAAACAAUCGUUGGUCGUCGCAAGAACAGUUCAAUCGAGAAUAGUGGAAGAUGGCUUUGCUCCAGUGGCUUUCGAUGUUGUUACUCCUCAUUAUAUCAAUGGUUUCGUAUUCGUCAAGUCAAAUAGAUCCAUGGGAUCGCGUUCCCAUAAUAUUGAACCGUAUAAAGGCGCCAAUUUUUCCGGCACGUACCUGCGACGUUACGAGCUAUGGAGCCAUCAGAAGUGGGUCAAAUGAUGUUGAAGCUCCGUCCAACGUUGUCGAUAUGAAUGCCAAAGCAUUUGAAGACGCAAUAAAUGAUUGUAACAUCCUUGGCGGAGGCACUGUUUAUGUACCGUCUGGCACUUUUAUUACGUCGGCUAUAACUCUGAAGUCGAACAUUUCGCUACAUAUAUCUGCGGAAGCUGUUGUACGAUUUACAAAAGAAAUUUCGAGAUAUCCGACAGUUUUUACGAGAUGGGAGGGAAUCGAACUCAUGAACUACUCUCCACUGAUUUAUGCGUUCGAAGUCGAAAAUAUUGCUAUAACGGGCAGUGGACUGCUAGAUGGAAAUGCCGAUUGUAAUACUUGGUGGAAUUGGAGAAAUUAUUGUGCCAAUUCAACCGCAAACCAAAACGCUGAUCGUGAUACUCUGUUCAAAAUGGCUGAGAACAAUGUCACAGUAUCAGAAAGAAUAUUUGGCCUCGGACAUUAUCUAAGGGCACAAUUCAUUCAGCCGUAUCGAUCGAAAAAUGUUUUAAUUGAGGGAGUCACAGUCGUCAACUCUCCAAUGUGGAUAAUACAUCCCGUGCUUUGCGAGAAUGUUAUUAUCAGGAAUAUUAAUCUUACCAGCUUAGGACCGAACAACGAUGGCAUCGAUCCCGAAUCAUGCACAGAUGUUUGGAUCACUGGUGUUCUGUUCAAUUCGGGUGAUGACGAUAUAGCCAUCAAAUCGGGUCGCAAUGCCGAUGGUAGAAGGAUUAACGUUCCGUCACAGAAUUUUGUAAUUCAGAACUGUACGAUGUUGGAUGGUCAUGGUGGAAUUACUCUUGGCAGUGAGAUAUCCGGGGGCGUAAAAAAUGUUUUCGUUGAAGACUGCUAUCUAGACAGUCCCCGAUUGGAUACAGCCAUACGAGUCAAAAAUAAUGCAAUGAGAGGUGGAACACUGGAAGAUUUUUAUGUCAGAAAUGUGAGAGUCGGCCAAGUAGCUAAGCAGGUUAUCGAAGUGGAUUUUUACUAUGACGAAGGAUCCAAUGGCGGUUAUCGGCCGGUGUUACGGGACUACAUUAUAGAAAAUGUAAAUGUACUAAAUGGCGCACCAUAUUCUCUUUUCAUCCGAGGCUUUCCCGAUCAUCCUAGAACUUCCUACAUUGGGAUCACUCUUCGGAACAUUUCUUUUACGGGAUUGAGAAAUAGUCCUCAUUACGUACUUGAAGAAGUCGAUUACAUUUCUGCCAAUGAUAUAACGGUGGACGGCAAAUCGUGGAAUGUUCAGUCAUCAUCGUCAGCGAAAUUCGUUAAUUUCAAAAUGUUGUUUUGUAAGGCUUCAUUAGUCCAGAUACUUACAAUUGUAGUCCGCAUCAGAUUGUAAUAGAAGGGCUGGCGAAAUUAAAAAUUCUUUUCUAA